AUGAUUCAUGAUACAAAAAGGUUACUUCAGUCAAAUUUUAAGCUUAAGGAUCUUGGGCUACUUAGAUAUUUCCUUGUUUUAGAGGUGGCUAGGUCUGAUAUUUCCAUUUGCCAACGCAAAUAUACCUUAGAAUUAAUUUUUGCUACUGGUUUAUCAAGUGCUAGACCUACUGUUAUUCCUAUUGACCAGCACAUUAAGUUCACCUCUUUGGAUUAUGGUAAGCAGUUCAAUGUUCUUGGAGAUCCCUUACUAAAAGAUGCUUCCGCUUAUCAGCAAUUAAUUGAACUUGGUUAUCCUCCUUUGUCUCCAGUUUCUUUGUUUUGUGAUAACCAGUCAGCCUUGCACAUUGCUUCGAAUCCAAUAUUUCAUGAACGCACUAAGUAUAUUGAUAUAGACUACUGUAUUGUUCGAGAGAAAUUGCAGGCCAGUCUUAUUCAAACUCACUAUAUUCCCAGCGGUGAUCAAAGGGCAAACAUUUUUACUAAAGCACUCGGCAGUCAGCUACAUCAUCACCUCUUAUCCAGCUUGAAGGAGAAAAUUUCUGGGGAGAUCCAACUUCCUGCAAACAUACAGAAAUUGAGUGGAAAAGCUGGUUUUCUUAAGGACAAUAUGUCACUGGCAUAUUUUCUUAAGGACAAUAUGUCACUGGCAUAUUAUAAUGUUGGAGCUGGAGAAACACUUGCCCUUUCUUUGAGAGAGUGUGGCGGUAGAAAGAGAUAG